AUGCUUUCGCGAUUACCGUCACCGGAAAUGGCCGAAGAAGAGGAAGACAUCGAGUUUGCGAACGCUCUCAUGAUAGAAAACUCGAAUCGCAAUCCUGUAAAUCCCGAAGAAAUCGCGGUAGAGACGAGUCAGGAUACCGUCUUGAAGAAAAUAAAAAAUUGGGUCAUAAAAGGAUGGCCACGCUGUUUGGUAUGGGGAAAUCGUGUAAUCAUACCGAAGAAGUUGCAGCACAGCGUCCUAAACUUAUUACAUGGCAACCAUCCGGGGAUUGUGGGGACAAAAGUCGCUGCAAGAGCAUUCGCCUGGUGGCCAAGAAUCGAUCAAGAAAUCGAGUCGCUGGUGAAAAACUGUGAAGAAUGUAUGGAGAUACAACACGCGCCGAAGAAAACUCCGACAGAUAAUUGGACGGCUCGUCAGAUUCCAUGGAACCGCAUACACUUGGACUUCGCGGGACCAUUCGAAGGUCAGUUGUUUUUGGUGAUGGUCGACGCCUACACAAAAUGGGUAGAGGUGAGAAGAGUUCCCUCGAGACACUCACGACUAGUCAUCAAGGAACUACGACAAGUCUUCGCGACAUUUGGGGUUCCGGACACUAUCGUAUCAGAUAACGAUGCGGCAUUCUCGUCGUUAGAAAUCCAAGAGUUUUAUAAAAGAAACAGAAUGAAAAGCUUAUUCAUAGCUUCGUAUAAUCCACAGGCGAACGGCCAAGCAGAAAGGACAGUUCAAUCGGCAAGAAAUUCACUUAGAAAGCUGAAAGAUGGUGACUGGGAGACCAGGCUAUCGAUAUUUUUGUUGAAACAACACUCCACGCCGGUAACGACGACGGGCAAAACACCCGCUGAACUAAUGUUUGGCCGAAAUCUGCAAACACUCCUUAACAAAAUAAAACCUGGAAAUCAAGAAGAAGAAAAUGAAUUACCUAGAAAAUCUAGGAACAUUCGGGGUCUGGAACUUGGAAUGAGAGUCCGCAUGAGAAAUUACAGUGCGGCAGGUCCAAAAUGGGUAAUAGCUACUAUUAUAAAGAAACUUGGAAAAAGAAAUUGUGAAGUAAAAGAAGAAAAUGUGGGCAUUAUCCACAAAAGAGACAUCGAUCAGCUGGUAGCACUCCCGCAGCCUCUCCAGAAAGACACACCAGGCUGCAGUCGGAAUAGGUUGCUUGAUUUGGCGACUUAUCAACCUACCGAGGAGGAAGGGGAUGAUAACCCCGUUGAUGAACAGGAGCAAACCGCUGAUGAAGAAACACAGGAUGAAGCGUCUGCUAGGCGCAAACGUCCUAAAAGAAAAUGUGUGGGAGGCAGUAAAAACCGGUACCGCGAAAGUCUAUUAGACGCAAGCAUCGUUGACGGUGUGACGUCCCAGACGCACUAA